UUGGUCAAAAUCAUUUCUUACAUUGGUGCCGAACAUCUUUAUAGACCCUGCUUGAAAGAUGUAGACAGCAACGACUCAGAACUAUAAGGUAUUGCUAUUGACUCACAAAAAAAGUACACUGACAUCUAUUCCAAUAACAGAACAUUCUUCCUCUCUGUUUUUCGAUAUACUCGCACAUUAACUUAUCCACUUCUCGAUCAACAUGAAGAGCUUUACUCUCAUCACUCUAACCGCUCUGGCGGCUGUUGCCUCUGCUGCCCCAGCGCAGCAUGAAGCCCUAGCAGAAAGACAGACAUUCAUGCCAGGGCCAUCACCACCCAGGUGUGGCCCAUGCAACCCCCUGGGUACGACCAUUAAGUGUGGUCCUGGGCUCAGAGUUACGACGUUUGUAAGUACCACUUUAUUAACAAUAGUCUCGUUAAACCUCACCUUAUAUAUGAGAGAUGGAGUCCACAUGUAUUCUAGCAUUCAAACGCUGACCUGGUUUGUGUAGACCAAUUGCAUUACCUGCUGUAUAGUUUAGGGCUUAGGACGAGAACAAAGGGGACCAAACUGAUCGGAUGUGAGAUACGGUGCUA